AUCGCUGUUGUAAUGUCUUGUUUCACUACUCUCCUUACGCUGAAAUCGACCAGUACAGACUGAUACUCUCACUAUGGCUAACACUACGUUCAUUGCCACCACGAGCCGCGCCUAUCCCCUUGGAAACGUGCCGAAGACUCGGAUCCUCGAGGGAGAUACAUUGAUACUCCUUUAUAUCGAGAGUAUGCCAUAGUAGAGAGAAAUAAUUAGCUGAUACGCUAUUCUGCUGGCACCAUGCCCAGACAGGGGACAAUGUCGGCCACUCUUGGGCGUUCUUCGAAUUGAACUGGCAACCUUUCGUCCAUGGAAGGUGUAGUUCGUCGUAGACCAUCUUCUUUUGGAGUCCACGGAGUAGGCCGUUCCGCAAGGUCAGCUCGCAGAUCACGAUGGCACACCAUUGAGCCGUCAUGGUGCUUCUCCAAGCCUCCAGCAAUGCCGCACGGCCACAUCAUAUACCAGUCAAUCUUGAUCGGCAUGCCGAAGUCAACAUACCUCAAGCUUCCGACGCAAGGGUCGCACUCCAGCUGCUGCACUCCGCAUUGUCGAUUUCUCCCAUGCCGCUUUCACGGUACUAGGGCACGAUCGUUGUAGCACAUUGCGCCAAUGCCAACGAAUUGUCUGGGAAACAUGGUUCCUUUGGGAUCAUGAACUUCUUUGAGCAUCAUACCACCGCUGCGGUUGAGUCUCAUGCUGUGACUGCCAAUAUCCUAGGCAGUGAUUUUGAAGAAUGCAGGCUCCACACGCAUUGAUUGUGGUGAAAGGCUGCUGCAGGAGUUCAAAACAUAUAACCCGUUACCUUCAGCUCCAGUCCAUACAUCUACGCAUCAAAGCCAGACAUCGAUUGCCACCGCAUCGUACUCCACUCGUUCCUGACAGCAGUUCAGCACACUCUUUCCCAUCAUGGCUCCCAGUCCUCAAGGUCUCGGUCUCAGCGGCCUCACUGGCGUCCUCGGCGGCCUCGGCGGCGGCCAGGGAGCAGUCUCUUCGCUUGUUGCUGCUGUGCCCGCCAUCACCUCCACGCUUCCCGUCAGCGUGCCCGCCAUUGCAGUUCCAUCGGUUGUUCCGGUAGCUGGUACCCCUGCCAUCUCGGGGCUCCCCAAUCUCUCCAUCCCGACUGGCUCGGUCUUGGAGAUCACCAAGGCGAUCACAGUGCCACUCGCCUCGACUUCUCUGCUCGCGUCUCUGGCCUCUUUGCCAGUUAACUCUGGCCUCCCAGGCUUGGAAGGUGUCUUGGACGCUCUGAGUGGCCUUCCCCUCCCAACCGCCGCAUUGCCCGCUGAUCUUCCGCUCUCCCUGCUGCCAACCGACAUUAUUGCCCUUCUUCCGACUGAUCUGCCUCUGAGCUUGCCUCUCAGUGCUCCUCUCUCGCUUGUGCCAACCGCCAUUCAGUCCCUCCUCCCCACUGGUCUUCCAGCCGAUUUGCCGAUCUCUGCUCUUCCAAUCCAGAUUCCAUCACUGCCAACCGGUCUGCCAUUGGUUCCUCUCGCUGCAGUUUCCCCAGUACAGGAGAUUCUGGCCAAUCUUGGUACAACUCUCAUCACGACGCUGGCUGAGCAAUUGGCAAACAUCAUCUCCACAAUCGUCGCAGCUGCGGCCAAUGUGCCUCUUUCUGGGGCCAAUGUCACGGCGAUCACGCCUGCUGGCCGCAUGAAGAUGGCUGCUCCAGCUGAGGAGAAGCGUCAGCUCGACGGCUUGUUUGGGGGCUUGCUCGGCGGCUUGAACCUAGGAGCCGUUACUGGUGUGACAUCGGGCUUGACCGGUGGCCUUCUUGCCAAUAGCAAUCCUCUCUCUUCCUUGACCGGCAGCACUCUUGCGCCUCUCACCGAUGGCACGCUUCUUCCUGUCGGGAGCAUUGUCAGCGGCCUGACUGGUCAGAGUGGUGGUAGCCUUCUUGCUGGUCUGCAGGACUCGGUCGGCAGCAAUCCACUCAGCCUUCUCACCGGUCUGUUGUCCGGCCUCUCACUGAGCGGCGGCCCUCUCGGUAGCGUGACAGGUGUGCUUGGAAACCUCGGUCUUGGUUCCAUCAUCCUCAACAUCGUCGACACUCUCCCAAUCCCAGACUCUCUGAGCAGCAUCAUUGACGGCAUCGCUCAAGCUGUUGUUGCACCCGUAUCCUCUAUCCUGUCGACCGGCCAACUCACCCAGUUCUCCUCUGUCCUCAACCUGCUGAACCUCUUCUCCAGCCUGAACAUUGGUGACCUUGGUGCCCUCUCCAGCUUGACCAACCUUCCAGGCAUCCAGACCGCAGCUUCAGGACUCAAUACCCAAGACUUGCUAUCGGUCCUCGAGAUCUUGAGCAGCCUUCCUGGAGGCCUCGACCUCACAACCCUCCUCUCCGAUCCAACCAGCCUACUCACCCUUCUCGAGACCAUCGUGCCUAACGUGCAGGAUCCUGUGUCUUCUGCCGCCUUCGUCCUCCUCGGCGCAUUGAACUUGGGUAACCUUGGUGAACUGACUUCUUCUCUUUCCGGUGCUGCUUCCGGCUCCGGUACUGCUGGCUUGACCAGUGCGCUCGGUGGCCUUACUGCUGGCCUUGCUGCAGGUAUUGGCGCUUCUGCCAGCCGCUAAGACGUGUCGAUCCUGCCUGGCGGACGGUAUGGGGAACAAGGCGGUUGACGUCUGAGGAUUGGUAGCCCAGAGUGGAACAGAGUCCACGGUUGAAAAGAAGCCGCGUAAGGAUGUGGAGCAAGGAAAAGUCAUGACUUUUGGUCGGAAUGGUGAGGGAGACGAGCCGGAGCUAGAUAUGAUGCCGAUCAGAUUUGAGGAUAAUGUAACAGUAUGCCUCACAUCUUCC